UGGUUCCCCAGCCGGGGUUGGUAAGGUCGGGCCAUGGUGGGGCAGAGGUUGGGAAGAUGGCGUGGCGAGGCUGGUCGCAGAGAGGCUGGGGCUGCGGCCAGGCGUGGGCUGCGCCGGUGGGCGGCCGCGGCUGCGAGGAGCUCACUGCGGCCCUAGCCCCGCCGCGGCUGCUCGGACGCAGGUUUAACUUCGUUAUUCAGCAAAAAUGCGGAUUCAGAAAAGCACCCAAGAAGGUUGAACCUCGAAGAUCAGACACAGGGACAAGUGGUAAAGCACACAAGAGAAGUGCUUUGAUUCCUCCCGUGGAAGAAACAGCCUUUUAUCCCUCUCCCUACCCUAUAAGGACUCUCAUAAAACCAUUAUUUUUUACUGUUGGGUUUACAGGCUGUGCAUUUGGAUCAGCUGCUAUUUGGCAAUAUGAAUCACUGAAAUCCAGGGUCCAGAGUUAUUUUGAUGGUAUCAAAGCUGAUUGGUUGGAUAGCAUAAGACCACAAAAAAAAGGAGAUUUCAGAAAGGAGAUUAACAAGUGGUGGAAUAACCUAAGUGAUGGCCAGCGGACUGUGACAGGUAUUAUAGCUGCAAAUGUCCUUGUAUUCUGUUUAUGGAGAGUACCAUCUCUGAAUCGGACAAUGACCAGAUAUUUCACAUCGAAUCCAGCCUCAAAGGUCCUUUGUUCUCCAAUGUUGCUGUCAACAUUCAGUCAUUUCUCCUUAAUUCACAUGGCAGCAAAUAUGUAUGUUUUGUGGAGCUUCUCUUCCAGCAUAGUGAACCUUCUGGGUCAAGAGCAGUUUAUGGCAGUGUACCUAUCUGCAGGUGUUAUUUCCAAUUUUGUCAGUUACGUGUGUAAAGUGGCCACAGGAAGAUAUGGACCAUCACUUGGUGCACCCCAAAAGCUUCCCAGCGCUCCUGUGUGGCCGUUCCGUGCUGCCCCUUCCCCUGGCAACAGCUUACCUACUUCCAGUAAAGUCCGGUGCCAUCAUGACGGUCCUCGCAGCUGUCUGCACGAAGAUGCCGGAAGGGAGGCUGGCCAUUAUUUUCCUUCCGAUUCUCACAUUCACAGCAGGGAAUGCCCUAAAAGCCAUUAUUGCCAUGGAUACAGCAGGAUUGAUCCUGGGAUGGAAAGUUUUUGAUCAUGCGGCACAUCUUGGAGGAGCUCUUUUUGGAAUAUGGUAUGUUACUUAUGGUCAUGAACUGAUUUGGAAGAACAGGGAGCCUCUAGUGAAAAUCUGGCAUGAAAUAAGGACUGAUGGCCCCAAAAAAGGAGGUGGCUCUAAGUAAAACUGGAUUGGACAGUAGUGGUGCGUCUGGUUGUGCUGCCCGAGAGCCCCCGGAGACAUCGGCCCUCGAGUGAGCACGGCUCUGCUCCCGCCUGGAAGACGCUGGCAUCGGCCCCCGGGGGUGUUCGCUGUGUCCCACGGUCUGUCGUCUUAGAAAGUGAAUUAUGAAAAGUUGUGAAUAAAGGCUUCUGUCCAGUUUGUAAGCAGA